AUGGGUUUCGACCCGAUUCGUAGGCGUGCUCCCUGUUUUGGAUGGGAAGUAGGCGUGUUUGUAGUGUUUGGGCUUCGAUUCCUGUUAUAUGAGAGUGAUUUUGGAACCCUGGGCUUCUGCUUAAGAUCAACAAAUCAAAGCGUGAUCAGCUCGGUGCCAAUCAAACCUCAACAACCAAGUUUCAUGUCUGAUCUCGACGUCACGCUUCCAUCUGCCUUUGAUCCGUUUGCUGAGGCAAAUGCUGAGGACUCUGGUGCUGGUCCCGGAACAAAGGAUUAUGUGCAUGUGCGCAUCCAGCAGCGCAACGGCAGAAAGAGUCUGACUACAGUCCAGGGACUGAAGAAAGAGUUCAGCUACAACAAGAUCCUCAAGGAUCUCAAGAAGGAAUUCUGCUGCAAUGGUACUGUAGUCCAGGAUCCAGAGCUAGGCCAGGUCAUUCAGCUCCAAGGUGAUCAGCGCAAGAAUGUUGCUACUUUCCUAGUUCAGGCUGGGAUUGCGAAGAAAGAGAACAUCAAGAUUCACGGGUUCUAA